AGAGAGGCCGAGCAAGAAUGGAGGGGACAGGGAGGAGGCUUGAAAGGGUGGGGGGGAAGAUCAGGAGGGGCUUCAGAGAAGCAGCAGCCAGGAAAAGCUUUGCAGCCGGAUCGCCGGAAGGUUUCCUCGGAAAGAGAAGCCUCUCCUGAUAGCCAAGUAACUCAAGGCAUUUUACAGAAUCAAAGGUGACCCAAGAGCAGGGGAAAGAGAAGGAAGAGCAGAACCCAGAAGGACCUGGAACUGGCAACACAGCAAAGAAAGGCCCCCAUCCCGUGCAAGCUGGGAGUGGUGUUGAAUUCUGGGAAAGCCUGGUGCCAGAGGUCCAUUAUCAGCUCACUGCAAUCUCAGAUGUACAUUGCCAACACUUCCGGGAAUUCCGCUACUAUGAGGCCGAUGGGCCCCGAGAGGCUUGCAGCCAGCUCCACGGACUUUGCAGCCACUGGCUGAAGCCAGAGAGGUGCACUAAGAAGCAGAUUCUGGACCUGGUGAUCCUGGAGCAGUUCCUGACUAUCCUGCCCCAGGAAAUGCAGUGCUGGGUCAGAGGAUGUGGGCCGGAGACCAGUUCCCAGGCAGUGGCCCUGGCUGAAGGUUUCCUCCUGAGUCAGGCAGAGGAGAAGAGGCAGGGAGAACAGAUGUGGCCAUCAUCAAUGAAGAAAGAAGCUACAUUCCCUGAAGAAGGAGUUUCCUUGAAGCAAGAGCAGAGCGCGCAGGCCCAGGAGCAUACCCCAAAUGCCCUCUCCUGUGGCAGUCAAGAGAUGGUGUUGAGCUGUCAUCUUUCCAGAGGUGUGGAAACAGCAGCUGCACCUCCAAUCCAGUGUCCUUUUUCCUUUGAGGAGGUGUCCAUCUAUUUCACUGAGGCAGAGUGGGCCCUGCUGGAUCCCGUACAAAGAGCUCUGUACUGGGAAGUCAUGCUGGAGAACUAUGGGAAUAUGGCCUUUCUGGCCAGAAAUGUAAGAGAGACUGUAGUGGAGACAGACAAAGGCCUCACAUCCAAAGAAAAGCUGGAGAGUUUCACAACAGGAUCCCAAGAGCAUGUUUCCUUCCCGUAUCACCUGGCUGAGACAGAUGGUGAUCAGAGGAAUGAGGAGGGUGAGGAACUUCAUCAGCAAAUGCCAGAUAGAGUUCAAAAUGAAGACUUGAAAGCAAACAUCAGGAAUCAAGGCAAACUUCAGAGGGUAAAAGGCAUGGUUGAGAAGGAAAAUGGAAGAAACAGUACUGUACAUUUUCCAAAACACAGGAUAAUAAAGGCAAGUAAAUCUAUUAAGUGUGGAAAGUACUUCAGAAAUAGAUCACCACAACUCACUGUGCAUGAAGAAAUACAAAGAGGGGGGAAACCUUUUGAAUGCUCAGAGUGUGGAAAGAGUUUUAGUCAGAGUGGCUAUCUUCAACGGCAUCAGAGAACCCACACAGGAGAGAAACCUUUUGAAUGUUCAGAGUGUGGAAAGAGAUUCAGUCAGAGUGGCAGUCUUCAGCUGCACCAAAGAACCCACACAGGGGAGAAACCUUUUGAAUGCACAGAGUGUGGAAAGAGAUUCAGUCUGAGUGGCCAUCUUCAACGGCAUCAAAGAAUCCACACAGGAGAGAAACCUUUUGAAUGCUCAGAGUGUGGAAAGAGAUUCGGUCAGAGUGGCACUCUUCAACUGCAUCAAAGUACCCACACAGGGGAGAAACCUUUCGAAUGCUCAUUGUGUGGAAGGCGAUUCAGUCAGAGUGGCAAUCUUCAACAGCAUCAAAGAACCCACACAGGAGAGAAACCUUUUGAAUGCUCAGAGUGUGGAAAGAGAUUCAGUCAAAGUGGCACUUUUCAACGACAUCAAAUAAUUCACACAGGUGAGAAACCUUUUCAAUGCUCAGAGUGUGGAAAGAGAUUCAGUCACAGUAGCAUUCUUCAGCUGCAUCGAAGUACCCACACAGGGGAGAAACCUUUUGAAUGCUCAAAGUGUGGGAAGAGAUUCAGACAACUUGUCCAUCUUCAACAGCAUCAAAUAAUCCACACAGGGGAGAAACCUUUUCAGUGCUCUGAGUGUGGAAAGAGAUUCAGUCAGAAUAGCACUCUUCAACAGCAUCAGAGAACCCACACAGGAGAGAAACCUUUUGAAUGCUCAGAGUGUGGAAAGAGAUUCAGUCAGAGUGGCCAUCUGGAACAGCAUCUAAGAAGCCACACAUCUUAUAUGUCAAACCCCUAAAGUAUUAGAGGGGAUAGUUGAACCACUAUUCUGAGAAAAUAUCACCAGGGAAAAGAGAACACCAGACUCCUAUUCUUAAGUUCAUGAUGAUUUAUUGAAAUGUUGUGAAUAUAUGGCUCUAUGAAUUCCCUUACGUUUAAUGUUCAGCUUAGAAUUUAAGUCUUGUAAAAAAUUACAAUACAUAGUUACAUUCUUACAUGGCUACAUUCUGCAUUCCCUAUGGCUAACCAUUAAUCUAUUGAAUUAGCAUAAGCAAAGCCUUCUGAAAUGUAUAGCCGCAAAUUUAUCUCAACUCUCCCAGGGAUCUUCUAUGGUUGCCGGCAAUGUGGAGAUAGUAGAACCAGGCUCUUCCCAAAAACUUGGCACCCACUAGCCUUUCGCCCCUUUCUUUUAUACGCUUUUCAAGGUGUCCGCCUACCAAAUCUGACAAAUCAAAACAAGAAGAUCUCAACUUUCAAUCCAUAAUUGGAAUUUGCAUGUGACCUUUCCAUGAUUAUUCUAGAAUUUCUCCCCGUUGGGGAUUUUCCAUUACCAAGAACUUUUACUGUGUCUCUUCUGCCAAGUGUCAGCUUGACCCUGAUAAUUUCCAGGCCUUUUUUCUCCUUGGCUUUUCUUCAGAUUGUCAGAAAACCCCAUGUAUGGUCAAAAAGUAUCCAUUCUGAAUUUAGUUCAUAGAUACUCCUAUGCAGGGCUUUUUUUGUAGCAGGAACUUAUUUGCAUACUAGGCCACACCCCCUAAUGUAGCCAAUUCUCCAAGAGUUUACAGUAAGCCCUGUAAGCUCUUGGAGGAUUGGCUACAUCAUGGGGAUGUGGCCUACUAUGCAAAUGAGUUUCUGCUACAAAAAAAGCCCUGCUCCUAUGUUUCAAAAAACUGAUUUAAACUUGAUUCGUUAAGAUACGAUGAACUAAGAGAUUGAUAGUAAUGGUGAAUUAUGAUAAUGGUUAUAAUAAUGGAAUUAAGGAAAUGAUUAUAAUAAUGAAUUAAGGGGAAAAUGCUGUCAAACUGUAUUUAAGAGAAAUUAAAGUCAGAAGAAUGGACUUGUAA